UGGUGGUGGGAGCUCGUCGGCUGGUUCUUAGGAAGCGUCGCUCUGGGUGCGAUAUUCUUAUUGCUUAUCAUUUACCAGGACCAGGCGUUCGACAACUGGGAUGGAGCGCUUCAAUUAUCCACGGUUGUCGCCGUACUGUCACAGGCAGCACAAUCGUUCCUCGCAAUCUCGAUCUCCUCCUGCAUCGGACAGUCAAAGUGGUUUUUACUACGGGAAAGGAACCGGAUGAUAGAACUCGAGACGUUUGACGAAGCAAGUCGCGGUCCAGAGGGGAGCCUUAAGAUGAUU